AUGUCGUUACGUUUUAGUCGAACAUAUUCAACAAAUGCAUGUUUAAAUUGCCGAAUGCGACAUGAAAGAUGCAUAAAAUCUCCUGGAGAGUCUCGAUGUGUCCGUUGCAUAAAAAAAGAUUCACCUUGCGUAUUCAUUGAAACACGCAAAAGAGGGCCAAAGGCCACAUUUAACUCAAAAUUAAUUAAGGAUGUCAACCCAACUUGUUCUUUAUCAUUAAAUGAUUUGCAGAAAGAAGAACAAUUUCUCUCUCAGAAAUUAGACGUAAUCCGGGUGUGUGUAGACUUAAUGAAGAAAAAUGGCUUUUCAUCUUAUAUUAAUUUAAAGCAACAAAAUUCUCUAGAAUGUGGAAAUUCCCAAUUGACUAACCCUCCUACAUCAUUAUUCUUUCUUGACCGUAAUUCUCAACCAAAUUCGUCUGAUUCUCCAACAAAUGAUUCUACAUUAUUACAAAAAACUAAUAUUAUAAACUAUAAUUCUUCUCAAACAAAUUCGUCCGAUUCUUCAACACAUGAUUCUACGUUAUUACAAGAAACUAAUAUUAUAAACUAUAAUUCUUCUCAAACAAAUUUAUCUGAUUUUUCAUCAAAUACCUAUCCUCUUAUGAUGUUACAAGAAAAUAGUAUUCUUGACUGCAAUUAUUCUCAAACAAAUUUAUCUGAUUCCUUCACAAUUGAUUCUCCUUCUACAUUAUUACAAACAACUAACGUUCUUGAAUGUAAUUCUCAAAAAACUUCACAGAACUCCUCGGUAAAUGUUUUUGAUACCGUCACUUCACGAUUUAAAAUUGAAACUCCUAAAACAUUGCACGCGAAACUUGAACUUAAAAAAAGUAAGACAAAUCAUAAAUCGAAAGUUGGUUCCAGUGAAUUUCGAAAUUCAUUUGGGGAAACCCAUCAAAAUUUGACUGCAGAAUGUCCUAAUCAACCUUUUGAAAAUGAAUUAAUUUAUGGAUCAAAUCAAAUGUCAUUUUUAACAAAUGAUCCACUUGAAUAUUCAUUCCAAGGACCUAAUAUAAUGCAUAACGAUUUAUACAAUUCGUUAAACAACUUGGUAUUAAUAGAUGAGCCGUAA